ACCCUAGUAGCAUCGCCAAUGCUACCAAGCACUGCUAAUUAAUUUAUUCAUGUCAAAAAAGGAGUAGUACAUUAUUAGUUAUCAUGGACCUUAAAAUAAUGGCUUAAUCUCAUCCUAAUCAUAGACACACUCGCUUAUAUACUUUCCUGGGAGUUUCCCUCCAUUUCUCUAUUGCUUCAAACCAAGGCAAUCAAUGGAGGCACGCAGCUAGUACGUAGCUAGUGAUCAUCCAUCGCAGAGACCAGCUGAGCAGCGGCAAGGAGUGGAGAGGGGAAGGGGAGCAGAGGAGAGCCGAGCAUGGCGGCGAGUGCUACUGAGCUGAGUAGCACUGCGCGGUUCUUCUUCUCCCUGUCCUUCUCCCUGUCGCUCCUGUGCUGCGUCGCGGUGUCCAAUGCCGCCGGCGACGAGGCCGCGGCGCUGCUGGCCAUCAGGGCCUCGCUCGUGGACCCGCUGGGGGAGCUCCGCGGGUGGGGCUCUGCGCCGCAUUGCGGCUGGAAGGGCGUGAGCUGCAACGCCCGGGGCGCGGUCACCGGCCUCAACCUCGCCGGCAUGAACCUGAGCGGCACCGUCCCGGAAGACGUCCUCGGCCUCACCGCGCUCACCUCGAUCGUCCUUCAGAGCAACGCGUUCGUCGGCGACCUGCCGGUGGCGCUGGUGUCAAUCCCGACGCUCCGCGAGUUCGACGUUAGUGACAACGGCUUCACCGGCCGGUUCCCUGCCGGCCUCGGCGCGUGCGCCUCACUGACUAACUUCAACGCGUCGGGCAAUAACUUCGUCGGCCCGCUCCCGGCGGACAUCGGCAAUGCCACCGAGCUCGAGACGCUCGACGUCCGGGGCGGCUUCUUCUCCGGCACGAUCCCCAAGAGCUACGGCAAGCUCCAGAAGCUCAAGUUCUUGGGGCUCUCGGGCAACAACCUCAACGGCGCUCUUCCAGUUGAGCUAUUCGAGCUCACGGCAUUGGAGCAGAUCAUCAUCGGCUACAACGAGUUCACCGGCCCAAUCCCGGCAGCAAUUGGCAAGCUCAAGAACCUCCAGUACCUUGACAUGGCGAUCGGCGGCCUGGAAGGUCCCAUCCCGCCGGAGCUCGGCCGGCUGCAGGAGCUCGACACGGUGUUCCUUUACAAGAACAACAUCGGCGGCAAGAUACCCAAGGAGCUCGGCAACCUGUCGUCCCUCGUCAUGCUCGACCUCUCCGACAACACGCUCACCGGCGCGAUCCCGCCAGAGCUGGCACAGCUCACCAACCUGCAGCUGCUGAACCUCAUGUGCAACCGGCUCAAGGGCGGCGUCCCGGCCGGCGUCGGCGAGCUCCCCAAGCUGGAGGUGCUGGAGCUGUGGAACAACUCCCUCACCGGCCCUCUGCCGCCGUCGCUCGGUGCGGCGCAGCCUCUGCAGUGGCUCGACGUGUCGACAAACGCGCUGUCCGGGCCGGUGCCCGCCGGCCUCUGCGACAGCGGCAACCUGACGAAGCUGAUAUUGUUCAACAAUGUCUUCACGGGCCCGAUCCCGGCGAGCCUCACCAAGUGCUCGUCGCUGGUCCGUGUGCGCGCGCACAACAACCGGCUUAACGGCACAGUGCCGGCAGGACUCGGGCGGCUGCCGCAUCUUCAGCGCCUGGAGCUCGCGGGCAACGAGCUCUCCGGCGAGAUCCCAGACGACCUGGCGCUCUCGACUUCGCUCUCCUUCAUCGACCUCUCGCACAACCAGCUGCGGUCGGCGCUGCCAUCAAACAUUCUCUCCAUCCCGACGCUGCAAACGUUCGCCGCCGCGGACAACGAGCUGAUCGGGGGUGUACCUGAUGAGCUCGGCGAUUGCCGGUCACUCUCCGCCCUCGACCUAUCGAGCAACCGGCUUUCCGGCGCGAUACCGACCAGCCUAGCGUCGUGCCAGCGGCUCGUAUCGCUGAGCCUUCGAAGCAACCGCUUCACCGGCCAAAUUCCCGGGGCGGUUGCCAUGAUGCCGACAUUGUCCAUCCUCGAUCUCUCCAACAAUUUCCUCUCCGGCGAGAUACCGAGCAACUUCGGCAGCUCGCCGGCGCUCGAGAUGCUCAGCGUGGCGUACAACAACCUCACCGGUCCCGUGCCGGCAACGGGGCUGCUGAGGACAAUUAACCCUGACGACCUUGCCGGGAACCCGGGGCUCUGCGGCGGCGUACUGCCAGCGUGCUCAGCCAACGCUCUGCGGGCUUCGUCGUCGGAAGUCUCGGGCCUCCGGCGUUCGCACGUAAAGCACAUUGCCGCCGGGUGGGCGAUCGGCAUCUCGAUCGCGCUCCUGGCCUGCGGUGCUGUCUUCCUUGGCAAACUGCUGUACCAGCGAUGGUACGUCCAUGGAUGCUGCGACGACAACGUGGACGAAGACGGGAGCGGCUCGUGGCCGUGGCGACUCACGGCAUUCCAGCGGCUGAGUUUCACCAGCGCAGAGGUACUCGCCUGCAUCAAGGAGGACAACAUCGUCGGCAUGGGCGGCAUGGGGGUGGUGUACCGUGCCGAGAUGCCGCGCCACCACGCCGUGGUCGCUGUGAAGAAGCUGUGGCGCGCGGUGGGAUGCCCCGAUCAGGAGGGCACGGUGGACGUGGAGUCGGCGGCAGGAGGCGAGUUUGCCGCGGAGGUAAAGCUCCUCGGCCGGCUCCGACACCGGAACGUGGUGCGCAUGCUGGGGUACGUGAGCAACGACGUCGACACGAUGGUGCUGUACGAGUACAUGGUGAACGGCAGCCUGUGGGAGGCGCUGCACGGGCGAGGGAAGGGGAAGCAGCUGGUGGACUGGGUGUCCCGGUACAACGUGGCGGCGGGCGUCGCCGCCGGGCUCGCCUACCUGCACCACGACUGCCGGCCGGCGGUGAUCCACCGCGACGUCAAGUCCAGCAACGUGCUCCUGGACCCAAACAUGGAGGCCAAGAUCGCCGACUUUGGGCUGGCUCGCGUCAUGGCGCGGCCCAACGAGACCGUCUCCGUCGUCGCCGGCUCCUAUGGCUACAUCGCGCCGGAGUACGGGUACACUCUGAAGGUUGACCAGAAGAGCGACAUCUACAGCUUCGGAGUGGUGCUCAUGGAGCUGCUCACGGGGCGGCGGCCCAUCGAGCCGGAGUACGGCGAGAGCAACAUCGACAUCGUCGGGUGGAUCAGGGAGCGGCUGCGCACCAACACCGGCGUGGAGGAGCUGCUCGACGCCGGCGUCGGGGGGCGCGUCGACCACGUCCGGGAGGAGAUGCUGCUGGUGCUGCGGAUCGCGGUCCUGUGCACGGCCAAGUCCCCCAAGGACAGGCCGACCAUGCGCGACGUGGUGACCAUGCUCGCGGAGGCCAAGCCGCGCCGGAAGAGCAGCAGCGCCACCGUGGUCGCCACCGUCGUCGACAAGGACAAGCCGGUGUUUAGCACGUCGCCGGACUCCGGUUAUCUGUAGUUAAUUACGUGUUAUCACGUACCGGAGGCUCGGAGACGUGACCAAGAUUCAACGACGUAUAUGUUUUGUAUACGUAUCGUAGCUCAUGUAAUCUACUACAACGCUACUUUUUUCACAUAGUUUUGAAUUUGGGGUUAUAUUUGGUUUAGUUGGGGGGACGAGGAACCAAUGUAAACAAUGUUUAUACUUACAAUUUUAGGAUGUAAAGGAAUUGGUCUCUUCAAAUUCAAAUCACAUUCUUUUAUUAGAGA